AAAACUAACAACCAGUAUUUAGUAUUAGUUGUCUAGUGAAUACUUUUGUGCUAACUUUCUCUAGGUGGGCUUGCUUCCACUAAGUUAGCAAUAUACUCUUGGACGUUGCUGUCAGUAAGCAUUGAUGAUUGAAUGCUCAGACUGAGUCGUUUUGAUUUUCAAGGUCUCUGGGCUCAUGAAAAUGACUAAUUCAGGUUGACAGGGAUUCUCGGUCAUAUCUCUAACACAGCUUGUUCUUUGAGCAAUGAAUUAACAUUAUUUCGUAUAUACUCAGCAUAAUAUAAAAAGUAAAAUGGGGAAUUUUUGUACAUGCUGUGCCUGGAAGUCGCAUGACAAGCCAAUGGGUGAGACAAACACCAUGAAUUAUGGAUCGGCUGUUCCCAAUCAUGUUGACCAUAUGGGGAAAUCACAAUCAGUAUAUCAGUCUGAAUAUAUCAAGGAUGCUAUAGCUAGUUAUCGCCCUGUAGCCAAUGAUGCUCCACACAUGAAUAAGUCCCAGCCUUAUCGUCGUCUGGAUAAUCGUGUUUCCAGAGCAGUGCACAAUGGAACUGCUCCGUUAGAUAUACACGGGGGCAAAGAUUUUUCUUACCGAGCACAAGGAGACUUUGGAAUAAACAAUGAACCUUCAGACUUUAUGCUCUCUUCAAUAUAUACUCAGUCAAGCACUUCAAAUUUGCAACACAUUUCUGAAAGAGAACCAGAUGAUGCUGAAGCUGAUCCAUCUUUAAAUCCGACUAAAAGAACACUAUUUAUGCAACGUUCAAGUAAAGAUAUUGAGAAAAGAGUUCGUGAGAUUCGGACUAAAUAUGAUCGUAAUGUCCCAAGAAGUCGUCAAAACGGUCUUCCUCUGCUUUAUCGAUCCAGUUCAACAUCAAGCAUAUGGUUGCAUGAUUCAACUGUUACCAGACCAGAUCCAAAAUCCACUGUUCGUGCAUUAGCUCAGGCAAUUUACCUACAGAUAAAACACCGAGAUCUUAGCAAUGCUUGUGAUCCUAUAGUUGAAAUCUUUGAUGAAUCUUUGCAUCCUAUUCAG